GUGGAUGAACUGCUACAGCAUGAGUGGCACCAUUCCCGCCUCCAUUGCCCACCUCACCGCACUCACCUCCCUGGUACUAUAUCAGAGCGGUCUCUCAGGCUCCAUUCCAGAGGCAAUCAGCAGCCUCAAGCAGUUACAGCGGUUAGGCCUCAGCCAAAACAAUCUCUCAGGCUCCAUUCCAGAGGCAAUCAGCAGCCUCAAGCAGCUGCAGGACUUGGAUCUGAGAAGCAACACGCUGAGUGGCACCAUUCCUUCCUGCAUUGGCCACCUCACCGCACUCACCUACUUCUCGCUUGACCACAACCAGCUGACGGGAGAGCUGCCCUCCUUCCACCACAUGGCCCGUCUCACUUCCCAACAGGGACUGUCUGCAGAUCACAACUACCUCACAGCCACAGCAGACCCUCUCCUGUUCAACGCUACCAGCCUAGAGGAUUCUGCAGAGUCUCUCAGCUUGUGUCUGUUCCACCACAACUGUCUUGACAACAACUCGAUCUCCUGCGGCCGUUGGCAGGACCAGAGGCGUGACAGCGAGUGCCGGGCGUUCUGUGGGGUGCAGCAGCUCACCCCGCCGUGCAGCGGCCAUGGCGUGUGCUCCUUCAUGCCGGACCCCUCUGAGGAGACGAGUGCCUGUGAGGAGGAUGUGCCGCCGCCACCCUACUGUGAACCUGAUGGCUAUUGCGUCUGUGAUGAGGGGUACACGCCAGGGCCUGCUGCUGGCACGUGCGUCCCUCACGGUAUACCCUCUGAACCACCAGGCAUUGCAGUCGUGGGGGUGGCUCUGUCUGCUCUCCAGAAGCCUCGAAACCUCUUGCUGCUGCUGCUUCCACUGGCUGUGCUGCUGCUGCUGGCUUUCUCACUGCCACUGUUUCUGAGGCCCCUCAAGAAUCGACCCCCCACACGCUACUUCUUUUCAAAGAGAGCCCUUGCUGCCCGGCAAGCUGGCAUGGGUGUGGAGAUCAAUUGCUA